GAGACUGAUCUAUGUAUUGGUUCUAUUAAUGCAAAUCGAUAUCGAAGUGAAUUAGUGAAUAUGAUAGGAAUGUUUGUUUCAACAUUGCCAUAUCGAGUUGAACUUAAUCCUCAUUGGUCAUUUGAUGAACUUGUUCAACACGUGAGAGAAAAAUGUCUAUCAAUUCUUGAACAUUCUCAUUAUCCACUUCAACAUAUUCUUGGUGAUAAUCGAUUAAAUCAGUCGAAUGUAUCAUUUCUUGAGACAGUGUUUGAUUUUAUCACUGUGCCAGCAGAUGUUAGUGGAUUACGUUUGAAUGAUGUCAACUUACAAGAAGUGUCAUUAAAUGAAUCAUAUGAAAUGGCUAAAUUUGACUUCUCAUUAAGAUUUCUUUACAAUUCAUCAUCAGAUGAUAAUCAACUAUCAUGUUCUUUGAUUUGUUCACGUGAUAUAUUUGAUGCAACAACAGCUGCCAUAAUAGGUCGAAGAUUGAAAUAUCUUUGUGAGCAGAUUUUUGAUACACCGGCGUCCUUUGCACAAUAUCGAAUAUGGUCUGGAAAUCAAAGAGAUGCCGAUACUGACCAAUCAUCUUCAAUGACCCAUAAUGUGUCAUUUUUCUAUCGUCUCCACAGAGGAGAUAUUUUAUCCGUAAAACAACUUGGUCAUGCUCUUGAACUCAUUGUUACCAAACAUGAAUCACUUCGUACAUCAAUCAUCUAUGAUUCUAACAAAAAUCUACCCAUGCAGCGAAUUCUCACUCAACAAGAUAUCAAUAAUGACAUGGUUACAAUUACUGAAAGCAGUUAUGAAACAGAUGCACAACUCAAUACUAUCUUCGAAAAUGAGAAAUGUAAUCCUCAACUUUUCAAUCUUGCUCAAGGUCUUGUCUUUCGAUGCCAUAUUAUUUACCGUAAACAAAUCUGUUCAAACAACAUCCUUUCCGAUAAAGAUAUAAUUAUCUUCAAUUUUCAUCAUGCUUUCUUUGAUUAUCCAUCAAUGAAUAUCUUUCUCCAUGAUCUCAAUCAAGCUUACAAAACAGGCCAACUUACUACUGAUGAUGAUACUAAUCUACGUUAUAUCGAUUGUAAUUAUACUCAAUUUUUUGUUCUAUUUAAACUACUUCUUUCUCCUUAUUUAGAUGCUGUUAUCGAACAAAAAAUGUCCAUGACUGCUGCAAGUAUGUUUUGGCUUGAUGCUCUUCAUGAUUAUCAUCUUGAUCAAUCUUUGUCAUUACCAUACGAUCGAUAUCGUCUUAUGAAUGAACAUCGAACUAAUCGAACAACAUCUAUCUCCUUUGAUUUUGGUCAAGAUCUUUCACAUCAGUUUCUUAUGUAUGCAUCAUUAAACAAUAUCAAACAUGAACAUCUAUCCCUUGCUACUUGUUUUAUCUUCUUAUUCAAAAUAACUAAUGGUGAAAAAGAUUUAUGUAUUUCAAUGAAUAUUGAGAAUCGAUAUAGAGAUGAACUAAAAUCUAUAAUUGGAUUGUUCGAGAAUAUCAUUCCAUUGAGAUGUCAACUAGAUCCUCACUGGUGUUUUCAUCAACUACUCAAACAUGUUCGAGAGACAACAAUAAACAGUAUGAAAUAUUCUUAUUUUCCUCUUCAACAUAUUCUCAAUCAACAUUCAAAUGUUUUAAAACCAGCAUUUCUUGAUAUAUCAUUUGAAUUUCUAUCAUCUAUGACAAAAAGUGACAAUAAACUAAUAAUGAUUGGUGAUAGUCAACUUUUUUCCAUACCCGUUGCGAAUGAUAAUGAGAUUACAAAUAAGUAUGAUUUCUCACUUAUAAUUCAACAUGAUCUCAAUAUCAAUCAACUCUCAUGUACCAUCAAUGCAUCCCUUGAUUUAUUCAAUGUUGAAACAAUUGAUAACAUAUCUCAACGAUUCCAUUCAGUCUUGAAACAAUUCUUUGUGUCUGCUGAUGAUCAAAUGAGUAAAUCAAUCUAUGAAAUAUCAUUAACAUUACCAAAUGAAAGAUUACUCAUGCAAUCAAUGAAUAAUACACAAGUAUCAUUUCCAACUCCUGUCACUUGUAUUCAUCAUGAAUUUGUAUAUCAAGUAAUGAAACAUCCACAAAAACUAGCUGUUGAACUAGAUGAACAAUCAUUGGCAUAUGCUGAACUUCUAUAUUAUGUCCAAGUAUUAUCUUUAACUCUUCUUAAUGAAUAUCGUGUUUUUCCAGGUGAGAUCGUGAUUGGUAUUAUGGGAAUUGAAAUGGCUGGUGGUGUUUAUUGUCCAUUAUCACCUCAAGAUCCACAACAUCGUUUAUAUGCACUCACACAACAAACUCAAAGUCGUCUUGUUCUUGUGCAUCAUUUAACUAAAACUAAAUUCGAUCAUGAUAUUAUUUCACUUGAUAUUGAUACAAUAUUGAUUGUUAAUGACAUAGAUAAGAAAGAUCUUUCAAAUGCGAUCAUGAAAGGUGUAAAGAUAGCCUACAUUAUUUUUACUAGUGGUUCAACUGGAACACCCAAAGCGGUUCGUUUUCACUUCAUUUUCAAAUAUCUGAUUUAUUUUUAUGCUCUUUCAUAG